CCUCUGUUCCCUUCUCAGACAUCAACAGCGGCGGCGAUGUCGUCGGCGGCGCCGGUGGUGGACGCCGAGUACAUGGCGGAGGUCGACAGGGCCCGCCGCGACCUCCGCGCCCUCAUCGCCAGCAAGAGCUGCGCUCCCAUCAUGCUCCGCCUGGCGUGGCAUGACGCCGGCACGUACGACAAGGCGACGAAGACGGGAGGGCCGAACGGCUCCAUCAGGUUCCCGCAGGAGUACAGCCACGCCGCCAAUGCAGGCAUCAAGAUUGCUAUUGACCUCCUCGAGCCGAUUAAACAGAAGCAUCCCAAGAUUACUUAUGCAGACCUGUACCAGCUUGCUGGAGUUGUUGCUGUUGAAGUCACAGGUGGUCCAACUAUAGAUUUUACACCUGGCAGGAAGGAUUCUUCAGAUUCACCGGAGGAAGGUCGUUUGCCAGAUGCUAAAAAAGGUGCUGCACAUCUGAGGGAAGUCUUCUACCGGAUGGGGUUAUCUGACAAGGACAUAGUAGCACUCUCAGGCGGCCAUACUCUAGGGAAAGCUCGUCCGGAAAGAUCAGGAUUUGAUGGUGCUUGGACAAAAGAUCCUCUAAAAUUUGACAACUCCUAUUUCAUUGAGCUUCUGAAAGAGGAUUCAGAAGGGCUCCUGAAAUUGCCUACUGAUAAGGCUCUUGUCGAAGAUCCUACAUUCCGCCGCUAUGUCGAACUAUAUGCAAAGGACGAAGAUGCAUUUUUCAGGGACUAUGCAGAGUCACACAGGAAGCUGUCUGAGCUGGGGUUCACACCUCCUCGCUCUGCAUUCAUCAAAUCAUGCCAGAAACCAAGGACCCUGCUUAUAAAAACUGCAGCUGGGGUUGCAGUUGCUGCUGCAGUUGUUGGCUGGGCUUACCUUUGUGAAUCCAACAAAAGGAUUGGCUAAUCUAAUUUGCAUGCUUCGACUUAAUUGAUUGUUAUUUCGUCCGAAUCAUUAAGGGGCUGUGUAGAAAAAGGAAGUACUCAAUCGGACCCUAUUGUUUAUGUAUUUGUUGGUAUGUGUCGGUGCUACUAAGUCUGGUAUUAUGUAUUUGUAAAGCUGUAUA